CGCCCAGCAAGGCAGCCGCCUCCCGUCCGCCGUCGGCAGCGGCCGCGAGUUAUGGUGCAGCGUGCCCCACCACGCCGAGCGCUUCGCAUGGCGCUGCUAGCCGCCUCCCUGCUGCUGGUGACCGCGCUGGCUGGCGUGCACGGCGGAGAGUACUGCGACGACUUCGAAAACGGCGAUUUUGGUCAGUUCUGGCAACAGAGCGCUCUAGAUUAUGGAGGCCAGUGGAAAGCCGUCAGCUACCAGGAGUUGAAAAAGAACAUAACAGAUUUUCCAGAGCCAGCAGGCGGAGAUACCGUCGUCUAUCUGACACGCAAGCCUGGCAGUUCAUCUACCAGCGCUAGAUUGCAGACCAAAUCAUCGUUCGAUUUCUCAAGCGGUGGUAACAUGUCCUUCCGCUACUGGUUACGUUCUAAAUGGCAAGGAUCAGGAACUUUUGAAGUGAGACGGAUUGUUGGCUCAAAAGAAGAUCCGCACGCGAUUAUGUCUCUGACAUCGACGUCCGGGCCCACCAACAAAGACUGGGAGGAAGCCAGCACGGAGAUUCCUGCCGAUUCCCAGGACUUUAAGAUUCUCAUAUUCGGCGCCUGCGGAAGCGAGGAGCUAGACAACAUCGCCGUUGAUGACAUCACGCUCUGUGGGCCCGACAACCUACCUGAUCAGAAGUGCCAUCUGCUUACAACAACAGAGAUGACCAGCACGUCCCAACCGACAACCACAGUGCAGCCGACGACAACCGAAGCAACCACUACGGCUGAGCCCACCACUACAACAGAGCCCACGACUACAACGGAACCGACGACUACAACAGAGCCAACCACUACAACAGAGCCAACGACUACAACGGAACCAACGACUGCAACAGAGCCCGCCACUACAACAGAGCCCACCACUACAACAGAGCCAACGACUACAACAGAACCAACGACUACAACAGAGCCAACAAGUACUACAAACCCGACAACUACAACGGAGCUGACGACUACUACGGAGCCAACGACUACAACACAACAAACGACUUCUGGGAAAACGACUACAACAGAAUUAACGACUACAGCAAAACAAACGACCACAACAGAACUAACCACAACCGAAUCAACCACUACGACAGAGUUAGCGACUACAACUGAACCAACGACCACAGCAGAGCCCACAACAACCGAACGGACAACUACAACAACGCCGACCACAACGGAUUCAACGACUACAACUCAGCCAAAAACUACGACAGCCCCACAAACCACAACCAAGCCGGCUACUACCACCGCACCAACGACCACUACUGAACCAACGUCUACUACUGAACCGGCGACCGCUACUGAGCCCGCGACUACAACCGCACUUGUGACGACACCUCCGACGUCGAUGGACCCGUCAACGUCGCUCGACCCAAGCACUUCCUCUCAGCCAGCGUCAGCAUCUACACCUGCGCCUACAAAUCAACCGAAGCCCACCGGAGCUACCGAGCAGCCGAGGGGCGGCGGGGGCCUGCAGCUGGGCCCAGGCGCCCUCCUCUGGGUGGUGUUCGUGGUGCUGGGCACCUCGCUGCUGCUGCUGCUGCUGCUGGCGCUGGGCAGACGCCGCACACGCGGCCGGCGCAGCGACCAGCUGCAGCUGGUGCACUCGACCAGCAGCGGCUCGGACCAGCUAAGCAGCGGCGGCUGGUACGACUACCUGGUCAGCGACCCGUGGCGGCGCGUGCAGGACCGCUGGCGUCAGCUGCGCGCUUAGUGCCGGCGGGUCUUGGAGCCGUCGGCAGCGGGCCGACAACGCAAGACCGGUCCCCCGCCGCGCUCCAUCGGCCGUGCAGGGAGCCAGGCAGGUCACCAGACAGCGCCGGCCUUCCGCAGUGGUCAAAGACGGCGGUGUAAACGCCCACACCGUGCUGAGGGCGUGGGCUGUGAGUGUGUGACACAACACUGGGCAUGCUUGGCAUGGCUAUGGGCGGUAGCCACGGCCAUGGGACACGCUGCUGGCCGGAGGCGCCAGCGGCUGUGAACCUAGUGUAGUGCUGUGCAUGACACAGUGGGACCGCCCACCGGCAGCCUACUUGCAAUGCAACCUGAAUGGUCCGCGAGCUAAUGAGGCGGAUGUCCAGCAGCUGUCAGUCAAAGCAUGGAUCAAGGCUGGUCUUCGUUCAUUUUACUGACGUCGCUGUUAAAUACUGUCAGAGUUACAAAUACUGUACAAGGCAUGGCAGAGACAGCCGGCGGCAAUAUUCGCGAUCGGUAGUCAGCUGGCUAGCAGCACUGCGAGCACGUCUCCUGUCCCACGUGUUCCACAGAUUAGUGUGCAAGGCUUGCAUGUAGGCAAAAGGCGUCAUAUGAACUGCUAUUGAAACAUCACUGCUGGCUUGGUCACGUGACAAUGAAUCAACCUCGCAUCUAGGCGCCAAUGUGGGCGCGCAAGCGCCUGAUAUAUGUAGACGGCUUAAGGCUUGCGAAUCCCUGCGCGUGUUUCGCUUCAUCAGCAGCAAGGGCCUCCUACCGCACACCGGUGGCGACAAGGCAAUCUUGUUGUCCGACUAUAGCCCAUUUGUUGCCAUUGGCGAAUCUCACGUCAGCGAUACCUGACUGUUAUGGCCGUUACCUGACUGUUAUGGCCGCACGCCGGACAGCGGACGUGUGUUUAUGCAAUGGGUGAAAUAGACCCUGCUUGAUUA